AGAUCAUUCUUUAAACGCUAUGAAAUAUCAUACGUAUACCGGCGAGCGAUUGGCCAUUCACCCCCAAACCGAUAUCUGCAGGGGGACUUCGAUAUUAUUGGAGGGGAAACAGCUUUAACUGAGUCAGAAAUAAUUAAGGCCACAAUGGACAUUAUUCUUCAUUACUUCCAUUCUGAAUCAUGUGAUAUUCAUUUGAAUCAUGCGGAUCUUUUGGACGCAAUUUGGGCUUGGGCAGGAAUCAGACCAGAACACAGGCAAAAAGUUGCAGAGCUUCUUUCCCUUUUGGGUUCCUUGCGUCCUCAAUCUUCUGAAAGAAAGACGAAAUGGGUGGUCAUCAGGCGACAACUUCGACAGGAACUCAAUCUUGCAGAAACUGCUGUAAAUAGAUUACAAACAGUGGGGUUGAGGUUCUGUGGAGUUGCAGACCACGCUCUUCCUCGAUUAAGAGGAGCUCUUCCUGCUGACAAAACCACCCGCAAGGCACUUGACGAUUUGUCAGAACUUUUUAACUACCUACGAGUUUGGAGACUUGAUCAACGUGUCUAUAUAGAUGCCCUUAUGCCACCAACUGAGAGUUACCACAGGAAGUUGUUUUUCCAGAUAUAUUUAAGAAAGGAUGACCAUCUUGGAUCACUAAUGGAAGGAACAUUGCUUGCGGUAGGUGGUCGAUACGACUACCUGCUCCACCAAAGUGGGGAUUCGGAAUGUAAAUCAAAUCCUCCUGGAGCUGUAGGGAGCAGUCUUGCCUUAGAGACGAUUUUGCAACAUGCUGCUUCUCUAGAAAUCAGACCUUACAGAUAUGAUGUUGUCACUAAUGUUCUUGUUUGUUCAAGAGGAGGGGGUGGUCUAUUAAUAGAGCGGAUGGAACUAUUGGCAGAGCUUUGGGAGGAAAAUAUCAGGGCUGAAUUUGUUCCUCUAUGCGAUCCAAGCCUCACGGAACAGUAUGAAUAUGCUAAUGAGCAUGACAUUAAAUGCCUUGUCAUCAUCACUGACACUUGUGUAUCCCAAAAGGACUCAGUGAAGGUCCGACAUCUUGAGCUCAAGAAGGAAAAAGAAGUGGAGAGUGGAAACCUCGUCAAGUUUCUACUAGAGGCAAUGUCAUCUCAGUUUAGAAACCCAUCCAUCUGGAACUAGGAGUCAUUCGGAAGUAAUGUGAGACUAAAGUGCACGAUUUGAAG